UCCCUCCUCUCGAUAUCCGUAUAAAUACCCAGCCCUCCCGCGCUUCCCCUCCUCCCGUCAUGCGCUCCCUCCUCUUCUCCAGAUCCUUCUCCCCCGCCUCCCCCGCCUCGCUGCUCCAGCGGCCCCCCGCCGCCGCCGCCGCCGCCGCCGUCGCCUCCUCCUCCUCCAUGGCCGACGGCGGCGCCGCCCCCCGGGCCCGGGCCCGCCUGCGCGGCGUGGUCUUCGACAUGGACGGGACCCUCACCGUCCCCGCCAUCGACUUCGCCGCCAUGUACAGGGCCGUGCUCGGCGACGACAAGUACCGGAGGAUCAGGGCCGAGAGCCCCGCCGGGAUCGACAUCCUGCACCACAUUGAGGGCUGGAGCCCCGAGAGGCAGCGGACGGCCUACGAGGUCAUUGCCGAUUACGAGCGCCAGGGGCUCGAUCGUCUCCAGAUAAUGCCCGGGGCAGCCGAGCUUUGUAGUUUUCUAGAUUCAAAGAAGUUAAGAGGACUAAUAACAAGGAAUGUGAAGUCAGCAGUUGAUUUGUUUCACCAGCGCUUUGGGGUUAUAUUUUCUCCAGCAUUGAGCAGAGAAUUUCGUCCCUAUAAACCUGACCCAGCUCCGCUUCUGCAUAUAUGUUCUAGUUGGGAAGUCCAACCUAGCGAAGUAAUGAUGGUUGGUGACAGCCUGAAAGAUGAUGUGACGUGCGGAAAACGUGCUGGCGCAUUCACUUGUCUGCUAGAUCAGACAGGCAGAUACGAUGCUCCUGAGUUUGAUAGUGUGGAUCUCAAACCGGAUUUCAAGGUGUCGUGCCUCACCGAACUUUUCCCACUGCUGGAGGCAAAUUUUGAUCUUGCACCCUGAUUUUAUUCCCGAACACCCCUUUCGCAUAAUAAUGAAGGGGGGGAAAUUCUUCUGCAUGAUUCGACUAUUACAAGUUCGUCGUAGACUCUCCAGUAGAGUUGCGGUGUCUACAAUGAAGAAGAGAGAGAAUUGGUUGAGAAAAUAUUCGGUAGUGAUGUGGCGCGCUCUUAUUUACUCAGAUCCAAUUGUAGCUUGACACAUGGAAUGACUCGGAAUCAAAUUAGAAAUGCUAAAAAUGUGAUUUUUCUUGUCUUC